CUAACAAGUUACCAACACAUUCGGCCCAUUUAAAUCUUAAAUCGCUUGAAACGCCAUCCCUUCCACGGGAUAAUAUCACGCUCGGCUAGGGGUCAUCCGAACCUGAGAUCUCAACCUCUACAUCAGUGUGUCCUCUUUGCUUGCAAUUGCCAGACUCUUCAGUAAAACUUUGAACAAGCACUUGCAAUCACUUGCGGUUCUAUGGUCAUGCGUCUGACACCCACUGGUACCCUCUAGUUUACGCGCAAAGUUCGGAUAAAUCGUGACAUCAUAAAUAAUAAAAAGAAUAUAAUUCUCAGUGUGGCUCGACAUCGCGACUUAAAUUGUAAUGCGGAAGGCAUUAAAACACAUCUAGCAUCAAUUUAGCAUUGAAUAUGGAAUUCUCGAGGCGAUUGGCUGGCGUAGGAAUAGCCUUAUUGUUUCAGGUGUUGUCUGAUAUACUGAUAAAUGCCGGUGUUCUGGCUAAUGACGUGACACAGGGAGUCAAUUCGCCAGAGUAUACGAAUGUUGGUUGGGUAUUUGGUAAUGAUGAGUUAUCACGGAGGCGGAGAAAUGUUGUUGUCAAGCCACCCGAUGAGGGGGGACGUUACUUUAUUGAGGAUAAAAAGUGUCGAGACUCAUUCGAACGACUAUGUGGGGUUAUUGAUAACAAUAACGACGAUUUGUUUAUCUUACAAUGCGUUCAAACAUUCAAGACGAACGAAGCCUAUAUGAUCGAUGAAGACUGUCAGCACCUGAUCUGGAAACACAUAGUGAACAUCACGGAAAACGAAAACAUCGAACAGCUAACCCGAAAAGAAUGCGGCGAAGAGAUUGAUGAUCUCCAGUGUCAAUCCAAAAACAAAGAACCCGGUACCUACUUAGCAUGCCUAAUCGAGAAACGAGAAAACGUUAAAAACGCCCAGUGCUCCGAGUUCAUUCAACGCCUCGAGUUCGUAGCAUUCAGCGACUUCCGAAUAAUAACACCAAUGGUAACCGAUUGUCAACAGGACAUAAACAGCUUCAAAUGCGGUAGAAUCCAGCCACACCGCGAUGUAUCCCAGGGUCAGAUGUUGUCCUGCCUGCAGGCGCACGUUGACAAACUGGAGCCAAAAUGCCGCAAGCGAAUCUUCAAGAUCUCCGAGAUCCAAUCAGACAACAUAAAGCUAGAUCGGCAGCUCUUUCUCGCCUGCAUGCAGGACCACAUAAAAUUCUGUCCUAAUAUCCGCCCAGGAAGUGGUCAGGUGUAUAAAUGCCUGAUGCAGCACAAAUUAGACAGAACAAUGUCGAAGCAGUGCCAGGAUCAGUUGGCCAGAAGAGAGAAGCUCAUAGCUUCUGAUUACAAAGCAUCAAAGGGUCUGGUGAAAGCGUGCAAGGAUGACAUCAAGACAAAUCAUUGUAGAAGAUCAGUAUCUGAUGACAAGGAGAUCAAACUUGCCCAGAUCCUGCUGUGCCUUGAGACAGCGGCUAAAAAUGGAUCGAAAAUCGAUGCCGAAUGCCAAAAGGAAAUGUUCGAUCAUAGAAAAAUUCUCUUGGAAGACUACCACCUGUCACCGGAAAUUGUCGACGGUUGUGCCAAAGACAUAUCUCGUUUCUGCAAUGGACUGGAGCAAGGAGGAGUGACCAUCCACUGUUUAAUGGAGCACACCAAAUCGAGGAAGCAGAAGAACAAAGUUUUACCGGAAUGUCAGAGAGCUCUAGAGACCCUUAUCAAAGAGACAGACGCAGGGGAGGACUGGAGAGUAGACCCCGUCCUUCAUGACGCUUGUCAACCAGUAGUUGAUUCCUCGUGCAGAGAUGUACAAGGAGGAAACGCGAGGGUAAUCUACUGUCUGAUGGAUAAAUUAGGAACAGACAGAAUGUUGGAAGCCUGCGAGACAGCUCUCCUGCAGAUUCAGUACUUUGUUGCAAGGGACUACAAGCUAGACCCUCAACUGUACAAAGCCUGCAGGAAUGAUGCUGUGCAAUUGUGCAACGCCAAGAUAGCAUGGAACGAAGAAGGGAGCUUGGAUCCAGAGAGAGGACCUCUAGUGCUGUCUUGUCUUUAUCGCUACGCGGAUCACCAGAAGAACGCAACACUGAGGCCAGAGUGCCUUCAAGAGAUCAAAAGAAUCAUGCGACAACGAGCAAUCAGCGUCGAUCUCCAACCAGAAAUAGAACAAGCCUGUUUCCAGGAGCUUGCGGAUAAUUGCUACGAUAAGACAGCCAAAGGGGAGGAGAUUCUCUGUCUACAAGAUAAUCUGGACGAAUUGAAUGAGAAGUGCAAACAAGCUGUGAACAAUUUGACUGAAGAUCAGGCUGAGCGAGUAGAGUUAAAUCCCAUCAUCAUGGCAGCCUGUCGAAAGGCGAUGGACAAACACUGUGAGGAUGUACUUAAGAAUGGAAAGGACGAGGGAGACAUGAUGGAGUGUCUUAUCGAACAUAAGAACGAUCUUGAUAGUCACUUUGAGUAUAAGUGCAAGGCUGCUAUCGAGCACUUUCAGAUUAUUUCCCUGAAAAAUUAUCAUUUCACGUACAAAUUUAAAGAGGCCUGCCGACCCUACGUGAAUCGAUUCUGCCACAGGGCCAGAACCAAGGCGGAAGUUAUAGAAUGCCUGAGUGAUAUUUUGAGGGAAGAUAUAAUGAAAGAUAGCCAGCACAGGAUUCUCAAGGACUGUAGACAGCAGUUGAGAGGGCAGCUGUAUCAGCAGCGUGAAAAUAUCAAACUGGACCCUCUGCUACAGAAGGCUUGUCAGAGUGAGAUCAAGCAGUACUGCUUCAACAUUGAAGCUGGCCACUCGCAGAUUCUCGAGUGUUUAGCUUCCCGCAAAGCUAAACUCUCAAGUAUCUGUCAUAAGCAGCUAUUCAAAGUGAGGCAGCAAGAGUUCUUGGAUAGUUCAAGUGACUUUUUACUCUGGAACACCUGCAGAUCCAUGAUAGGACAAUUCUGCCAGAGAGAGCCAGACAAGUCCAAGGUGUUAGACUGUUUGAAAGGUGUCAAAGAUGAGGACUCAUUCGACGAAAAGUGCAAGGACGUCGUCGUUAGGAGAAUGAUCGAGCAAAAUACUGAUUACAGAUUUAAUGGUGCACUUCAUGCUGCUUGCGCCCAUGAUAUUGUUGCACAGUGUGAUAAAGUAGUUCAUAACGAGCCUGCCGAUAAGGAGCUCGAGGGAAAAGUCAUCAGAUGUCUCAGAAUAAAGUUCAGGGAGGGCAAGCUCAGGCCCAAAUGCCAGAAACAGAUGACUGUCAUCCUUAAACAAGCAGCGCACAACUAUCAUCUCAAUCCUUUACUUGUGAGCAUGUGCAGUCAUGAAAUUCACACUAUUUGUCAUUCUGAUGAGGACGACAGCGACACUGUAGAGGAGUGCCUCAAAAUGCAAUUCAAUAAGGGUAAUCCUGAGAUGAGGGAGGAGUGCCGAGUCGAGAUUGCGGAUCUCAUAGAAGAAGCUAGGGCCGAUAUUCAUUUUGAUCCAUUACUACAUAAAGCAUGUUCGAAUGAUGUUGCUAAGUACUGCAGCGAUAUCGCUCAAGGCUCCGGAAGACAUAUCAUGUGUUUACAAAAUAUUAUGGAUGAUGGAAGAAAACCACUUGACCCAGACUGUUUUAAAAUGCUGUCAAAACGAAUUGAGAUGUUUAAAAAUGUCGCCAAGUUACAUUUGCCGAAUACGAUAGAGGAGCUGUAUACAACAGUCAACCAAUCGCCAUCAAGAAGAUAUUUUUUGAUAGUAGCAUUCACGUUAAUAGGAAUAAUUUUCAUAAUGGGCUUGUUCUGCGGAAGAAUUACACGUCGAACGAUGAUGAUGAAGAACAAGUAGCAAUUAAUACCAUUAAAAAGGCAGCUCUGAAGUGAUUCAAUAAUUUGUAAGAGUUGGGCUCACUCAUUGUGACCGAAACAUUAUUAUUUUAGAUAACUAUAAUGCCUGUGGGAUUUUUAAAUUCUACGGACGCGCAAAUUACCCCAAAUUUUUUUCUCAUGCAUUUCAGUAUUUCCGUUUGUGUUUAAUCGCGGCGACUAGUUGAUUGCUUGAUAAUUGGGUAAUCCGCACGUUCCGUAGUCUUAGUCAGCGAAACAGCGUGAAAUCAUUCCGACUUUUCGAAUUUUGUACGUGACUUUUUCAAGCCAAUUUUAUACAUUCUCAAUUCAUUUUGCACAAUAUCAGUGAUAACAAUGAAACAAUCCCUUCCCACCCAGGCAGCAAAAUCAAUGUUUACGGGUGGUAAAGUAUUUAUUCGGUCUCCAGAACGAUUAAAAAAAUUGUAAAUAAAUAUAUUUAUCUUAGAAACAACCACGAA